UGUGCCGUGAAAGCUGGUGGAGGUGCGCCUUUAUUCAAGGAGAAUCGCUCCUAUGAUUUAACAGGAGGCUCGUUGUUUCCUGGCGCCGGCGCAGCGUCCCAGCAAGUCUGCGCUGUUUCAGUCCGUGUGAGGGGGGUAGGCUGAUGUGCGCCUGUUGUCACGGCCGCUCCAACUAACUUUAAAGUGUCGCACGAAUUCCUAAACUGCGUUGGAGACCGCGUUAUGUCAACAUCCAUGGAAAUAGCAGAUUAGCAGAGUGCGUCUGGCUGGGUUUUCUGCAGUGUCCGUGGCAAAAAAGACUGUAGUGGAGGUGAGGUUCUCAGUCCUGUGUGGGAUGUUAAUGGACUGGUGGCGCGUUGAGGCUGAAGGAGCAUGGUGAAACACCAACCCUUACAGGUCUAUGAGAAGCAGGUCUUUGUGUCCUUUGUCACUGGGAUCUAUGGUUGCCGCUGGAAACGCUACCAGCGUUCCCAAGACGACAGCUCCAGGUGGGAGUGUGCAUGGUUCAUCAUCCUGUGCAGUUCUUUCCUCCUGCUUCUCUUUUGGGCCUACUUCUGGUUGGUGGCUCAAAAUGAUUUCAACGACUUCAACUGGUUGGUGUACAACCGCUCCGGAGAAUGGAGGGAUGAGACGAUCCCCAUCCUCGCGUCCACCACCGUGGGAUUCAGCUACAUCACUUUCUUAUUGAUUUUAGCUCUUUUCCAUAUAUCUCUGGGGCAGCAGCUGAAUCUCUACUGGGUUCACAAGAUUGGGGUGCUGGCCACGCUGCUCACCACUAUCUCUGGCGUCGUCUCGGUUGAUGACAUUUGGGGAAAUGAGUGGGACAUCCUGCUUGUGUCUUUGCAGUCCACAGCACCUUUCCUGCACAUUGGAGCCCUGGCAACAGUCACAGCUAUCAGCUGGUUGGUAGCUGGAUAUGUGGUGCGCAGAGAGAGAUCCAAUAUCCAGAUGAUGGUGUUGGCGAUGUACAUUGUAAUCCUCCUGGCUCUCUGUUUGGCACCACUCACAUUCACCUGUCCCUGCAUCAUGGACCGGCACAGCCUCAAACCACCGCCGGGCGUCAUCGGCCGUCGAGGCGCGCCGAUGCUGGCUCCAGAAAACACCAUGGUGUCCUUUAACAGAGCCCUGCAGCACGGAGCCAGCUCCCUGGAGGCCGACGUCACCAUCAGUGUGGACGGGGUUCCUUUCCUCAUGCGAGACCGAACCCUGAGACGGACCACGGAUGUCAGUAAGGUUUUUCCAGGCAGACAGUAUGAAGACGCCUCCUUCUUCAACUGGACAGAGAUACGCUCCCUGAACGCAGGCCAGUGGUUUUUGGAGAGUGACCCCUACUGGACAGUAGAAACCCUGACAGCAAAGGAGCGGAGCAGAAUAGGCAACCAGACGGUUUGUGGUCUGAUGGAGAUGCUUCGUCUGGCGGCCAGGACCAACAGCUCUGCCCUGCUCAACAUCCGCAAGCCUCCACCAGAGCACCCGCGCUACCGGAGCUGGUUCAUGGACACUCUGUGGGCUGUGCAGAAGGCAGGGAUUUCCCAGAAGAGGGUGAGGACUGUGACGUGGACCCCAGACACGGACAGGGGGAGGGUGCGAGGGCUUCAGCAGACCACGAAUGAGAAGCUGUCGGUGGAAGAGAUGAGGCAGAGGGGAAUCACAAGCCUGACUCUCCACUACAGCAAGGCCAGUUACAAAGAUAUACAAGAGUAUGUGGCCAAUAACGUGAGCCUGACCGUCUACCCAGUGAACGAGCCCUGGCUGUACUCCAUUCUGUGGUGUAGCGGGGUGCCUUCUGUGUCCUCCGAUGCCCCCCAAGUCCUCCGAAAGGUGCCUUACCCCAUCUGGCUCAUGAGCCAGAACGCUUACAACUUCAUCUGGAUCACGUCAGAUCUAGUCUCCCUCGCCGUAGUCAUAGGAAUUUUCUGUUUCCAGAACUAUCAUAUGAUCAGGUGGAAGAUGAGCGGGCUGCAGAACUACAACCCGGAGCAGAUCAUGCUGAGUGCCGUGACGCGGCGGACCAGCAGGGACGUCAACAUCAUGAAGGAGAAGCUCAUAUUCUCAGGUGCGGCUUUUGGAGCAGUCGCGCGUGGAAAUGCAAAGCAGUGGUUGUGACUGGACAAAUGAAUGACGAAUCCUGCGUAGCAUGCAGUUAUUAAACUUAACAAUGGGCUCGGCAGUACGGAGGAGCUCUCUCUGUAUCCUGAGAACGGUUACGCAAUAUACUCUCACGGAGGCCUCGGCCGCUGAGCAAAACACGCCCCACAGCUGGAAAAUCUUGGGUGUCAGUACGUCUGUGAAUGUUCUCAGCCGUCCGGGUCACGGUGUAUCCCGAGAACAAGCUGAAACGAGGGCGGCCGGACUUGUACGGAGUCUACAAGUCCUACGUGUCUAGUUGUUGUUGUUUCAGCUUGUUUUUUGGACUGGGAUAUCAGUUUGACUUUUGAGCUUGGUCAAUGAUUCAAAUCUUGUUAGACGACGCUGAGAACACACUAGUGACACAGAUCUGUUGGUCAACUUUGUCUCACAGUGAUAAUUAUGUGUCUAAAUUAGACUACUGGCGAUUACGUGUUCUACUGUGUGGCCUAUUGCUUUAUUUUUUUUUUUUUUUUUACACUGGGCAGAAGUCUCUCAUCAUGUGACAUGUGAAACUUGGUAAAAAGUUUUUUUUUAAAAUACAGUAUGCACCGAUCAGCCGCAACAUUAUGACCACGGGCAGGAGAAGUGAAUAACAUUGACCAUCUUGUGGUGUGUCACUUAGACCACCCACAACCCCACCCCAUAGUACUGACUCACACAAAAAUGGUUUAAGAACAAAAAACAAAAAAAAACAUGGACAACAACAGCACAGUGUGUUGAUCUGGCCUCCAAAUUCACUAGAUCCCAAACAUAACAAGUGUCUGGGCAGAGGCUCCUCCUCUCAACGCAUAGCACCCAAAGGUCCCCACUAACAACAAUGUGUUACCAGACACCACAGGACACCCUCAGAAGACCCAUUCCCAUUCUCCGAUGAGUCACUACCGCUUUGGAGGCACAAGGGAGACCAACACAGUAUUAGGUCACAAUGUUAUGCCUGAUCGGUGUAUUUUUGUAUUUUUUUAUUCUCAGUAAGACUGACAGCAGUCUAAGGCGCAUUUAUCUUUAAAGCCGUAAUUAGUUUACUCAUUAGAAUAAUGUUGAGCUAAAAUGAGAAUGUCAAAGUCAUUACUGGAGACACAUAGUUGGUAUGUGCCUGUUGUGUUAUCACUGAAGGGGUUUUUUUAGAGUCUGAUGGGAACUGGACUAGAAAGUGGAAGUGCAAAUUUAGUUUUUAUGUUUGAAACACAGUUUAAAGAAUAACAAAAAAAAAAAACUUUGGGCCAAAACGCCGCGUGAGUUCAACAAGACAACAUAAUAUAUCAUAUAUCAUAUUUGCUCUGCUCACAUGAGUGACCUCAAAAAAGUUAUCUGAGCUAGUGAAACUGUACUUCACUGUUGUUUUAUAAGUGAGGAAACACGCUGUGUUCUGUGUUAUAAACUGAUGUAAAUACGAGUUAUUUUACAAGUUUUUAUUUGUUUCCCCUCUGAGAGGAUUUUCAGUGGUUUGGAUAUGGAUAUGAAAUGUAUAUUUUAUGUUUGCAUUUAUUAUCAUUACGUCCUCUUUUUAAGUGUGACAGACAGAUUAGGGCAUGUGUGAACGUUUCAUGGAAUGAGGCAUUUUUGGGAGGUUUGUGUAAGUAUAUUAUUUUAGGGGUUGUAAUCUUUUUUUCCUGCCUCUUCUCUGCCAUGCCACGACUGUUUCACUUCAUAGUCACAUUAAUUGUUACAACUUUCACAUGGCUGCCUUUUGGUUAAAUUGAUGAGCUUGUAGAAAAUCGUAGAAUUUAUUAGUCAUUCAGAUUUAUAGCAGGGGUACAAGUUUCAAGUUUCAUCUACAUUUGUAGCUGCAGACAUGUUGACUGUGAUGAUUUCUUCUUUUUUGUGUGUGUAAAAAUUUGUAACAAAAGAUUUGAAAGUAUUAAAAGUUGAAAGAAAACUUG